UCCGCCUCUCAUGGACUGAAAAUGGAUGCCAAUGUUGUUGUUAUGGGGACAGAAAGCGUCGGGAAAUCAGCCCUGACGGUGCGCCUCUUAACGCGCAGAUUCAUUGGAGAAUAUGGAGAUAUCGAAUCUAUUUACAGCCACAGUUUUAUUGUAGAUGGGAGAGAAACCACCCUCAAUAUCUGGGACUCACCUUAUUCUGAGGACGUGUCUGUGGAGACCCCACUGUUUGAGAAAAAAGUCCAGUGGGCAGAGGGCUACAUCCUCAUCUACAGCAUCUGCGACAGAGCCAGUUUCAACACGGUCAGCAGAAUCAUCCACACCAUCAAGACCACUAAAGACUACCUGAAUGCUGACAGCGUUCCCAUAGUGAUCGUGGGAAACAAGAGGGACCUCCACCACCGGCGGACGGUGCUGAGCGAGGAGGGUCGGCUCCUGGCCCUCAACACCGGCUGCGAUUUCUAUGAGGUGUCAGCGGCGGAGAAUUACCACAGCGUGCUCACGGUGUUUCACGGUCUGGUGAACAGGAUGAAGACGGACACCAAGCUGACCGCAAAGAGACCUCUGAGGUUCAAGGGCAUUGUGAAAAGCAUGUCUGCUGUGUUUGCGAGAAGACGGACUGACUCCUUUUAGAAAAUCAAACACAGAAGAUGGAGUUCUUCGAUCUACUGAAUUGACUCUGUGGGUUAUAGCCUGCUGUGCUCGUACGUCAGUGUGCUUAUUUCUCCCAAGGAUACAAGAAGAUCCUUUGGGAAAGUGACACAACAGAUAAAGACUCAAGAGAAGCCAUCAAGCAUAAGAAGACAUGGAGAUAACAGAACAUAUGGGUGUUUUUUGGAGGCAGAUUGUCAUUUUACAGCUCAAUAUGAAGUCUUAGUCUAAUUAAAUGGCAUUUUGAGUCUUAUUAAACAACUGCUGAAAUAUAUUGGUAUCAUAUGCAAUAUAUCCGAGCUGUUAUUGUCUAGCUGUGGCUU